AUGAGUGAGGAAAUAUCGUUGUCAAUUGAGGAAACAAAUAAACUAAGAAUACAAUUAGGUUUAAAACCAAUUCCGUACGAUCCCCCAACAAAAAAUGGGAAAAAUAUCGAAAGGCAAAGCCAGAGUAAUAUAGAUAAAGAAAUAUCUUAUGUGGAGAAUAAGGAUAGUUCUCAUAAUAAAGAUAUAUCUUUUAUCACUGAAGAUAAGGUGUUUUUACUUCGGAGUAAAUUAUCAAAAAUUAAUCAAAGGAUAAAUGGAAACAAAACUAAACAUGACCUAUUGAAUAAAAGUAGUAAAGAAAGUGAAAAGGAUUGGUUAAAUCAAGUAGGGAAGAGGCACCUAAACCAAAAUAAAGUAAAGUUACAACAUUAUAGUGAAGAAGAAGAUGAUGGUUAUGAAAAGGAAAAAAAUAACGAUACCAAUAAAGUUUUUGACAACAGAAAUGAUGAAUUGCCCAUAAUGAAAGUUUCUCAUGACAUUAAUGCCCUUCCAAAGGAAGGUAACACUAUUUUAACAUUGAAGGACACCGAUAUCAUUAAUGAUAGUUAUAGCAGUAAUGAAGAUAUUCUAGAAAAUGAGGAUCUUAUAAUACAGGAAGAAACUGAGAAAAAUUUAAAAUUGAAGACGAUGAAUAAAGAUAGAAGAAGACAUAAAAUGAGUUUAAAACUAUCCUCUGUAGAUAUUCAUAAUUUAGAAUAUGAUAUGGAUUCUAAAUUUAUUAAGGACAGUAUCAUAGUAGGUGGCAUAAUACAGAGUGAUGAAAAUAAAGAACUAACAGCUUCUCAAAAACAGCAACAACAGAAGUUAAUACAAAAUGGGGAUGGUAAAAUAAGAGUUAUAUUUGAAAGUGAUAAUGAAGGUGAUGAAGAAAUUACGGAUUUUAAAAGAGUUAAAAUAAAGAAAAGAAAAAAGAAAGGUGUUGAGCAAAGUUUGAUUAAGAAAAGGAAGAAAAUUGAAUUACCUCCAACUAUGAAUUUAGUUCACUUAAAUGAUGAAAGUGAUGAAAAAGAAGAUGAUGACGAUGAACUAAAUAAUUUAAGGACUAUUAUACCACAAAGAAAAUCUAAAGUAGCAGAUAAUAUGAACGAACAUGAAAUAGUCAUGAAAAUCAAAAGAGAGCAACUAGAAAGACAAGAGAGAUUAAAAUCUGUUAAUAGAUUAGGAAACAUACAUAAACAAAGUUUAACAAUAGAUGAAAGUUCUGCAUUUUUUGAUCUUCUCAACACCAAUAUUGUGUCAACUAAUCCUUUAAUCGAGAAUCAAACCACAAAUAGUCAAACUUUAGAGAAAACAAGUAAUAACGAUAAGAAUAUAAUACAUCAAUCACCAACGAAAGACGAUGUUCGUGACAUACCAACUAAUAAUGAUACAGAUUCAAAAGUAAAAGUAGAUUUCUAUAAUGGUAUAGCUGCAACAUUACAUUUUUUAAAAGAUCAGGAUGUAUUACCAAAGAGGAAAGUAGAGACAUCAACAACUUCAAACAACAUAUUAUCAUCGACAAAUCAGUUUAAUGACAAUAUCCAAGCAGGUGAUAAUAGAGAUCUAAGUCAUUAUAAUCCAGAAAUAAAAUUGGAAUACAAGGAUGCAUAUGGUAAUUUAUUGACAACAAAGGAAGCAUAUAAGAAGCUUUCUCAAAAGUUUCAUGGUACCAAGAGUAAUAAAAAGAAACAAAUGAAAUUUAACCAGAAGAUUAUAGAAAGAAAUCAGCAUACUCAAUUAAAGUAA